UCCAUUUUUUGACUUCAUUUUGACCCCAAAAUUAAGAAAUUCACUUAAAAAGUUGAUCUUUCUGUGUUUUUAUCUUUGGCCCAUCUUUUAAUUCUCAAGAAAAAGUUGGAUUUUGUGAUGGAAAUUGAUCUAAAUGAUGUAAUAACAAGUGGUGGUGAAAAUGUAGAAUCUUGUGGAAAUGAAGGGGACUUAUCAUCACUAUCAACUUCAUCAAAUUGUUCAUUAAGUUCAUUAUCAUCAUCUAGUUCAAUUUAUAUGGAACUUUGGCAUGCUUGUGCUGGCCCUCUUACUACUCUUCCUAAUAAAGGAAAUGUAGUUGUGUAUUUCCCUCAAGGCCAUUUGGAACAAAUUGCUUCACACUCAUUAUCCACUCACUUUUCUCCUAUUGAAGUUCCUUCUUUAGGUCUCCCUCCUCAGAUCUUUUGCAAAAUUGUUGAUGUUCAAUUGCUUGCAAACAAGGAGAAUGAUGAGGUCUUCACAAAGCUCACUCUUUUGCCACUACCAGAGGGAAAUGUGCAAGAAAAGGAAGAAGAGAAUGGUGGGGUCACACCUACAAGAUCAACCCCUCAAAUGUUCUGCAAAACACUUACUGCUUCUGAUACCUCUACACAUGGUGGAUUCUCAGUCCCUAGAAGAGCGGCUGAAGAUUGUUUUCCACCUCUGGAUUAUAAGCAGCAGAGGCCUAGUCAAGAACUAGUUGCAAAGGAUCUCCAUGGAGUUGAAUGGAAGUUUAGGCAUAUUUACAGAGGUCAGCCGAGGCGGCAUUUGCUUACAACGGGCUGGAGCGUCUUUGUGAGCCAAAAGAAUCUGGUUUCCGGGGAUGCGGUUCUUUUCUUGAGGGGUGAAGGAGGGGAACUAAGGCUGGGUACCCGAAGAGCCACCCGACCAAGAAACAUCCUUCCUGAUACAACCAUGGGUAACUUGAACUCUUACGCUGACACUCUUGCUUCAGUUGCUAAUGCUGUGUCAACCAACAGUACUUUUCAUGUGUUCUAUAGUCCAAGGUCUAGCCGAGCGGAUUUUGUUGUUCCAUACGCUAAGUACGUGAAAUCAGUCAAUAGUAUGAUAUCUAUUGGUUCAAGAUUCAAAAUGAAGUUCUGUAUGGAUGAGUCUCCUGAACGAAGAUUCAGUGGAGUUGUGACCAGUGUAGGUGAUAUGGAUCCUUACAAAUGGCCUAACUCGAAAUGGAGAUGCCUAAAGGUGAGGUGGGAUGAAGAUAUUGGGAAUGAUCACCAAGAACGAAUAUCUCCAUGGGAGAUCGAUCUUUCCAGUGGGUCCUUUCCAUUGUUAAACAUUCAGACUUCCCCACGGUUCAAGAAAUUGCGUGUAGGUUUGCAUGCAACUCCUUCUGGACACCCUGCAGCUGUGCGGGGUGAACAUGUAGACUUUGAGGAGUCAAUAAGAUCCUCUAAGGUCUUGCAAGGUCAAGAAAAUUUAGGUCCGAUGUCACCUCUCUAUGGGCGUGACAAGAUGAAUAACUUGUUGAGCUUUGGGGCACAACCCUUGAUGCAUCCGAGUUUUCCAUCAAAUGCGAUGAUGAUGAUGGGGAGGGGUUCCAAUUUCGUUAGUGAACUUAUGAGGAGUACUCAUCAUCAGCCUCUCUCAACCACCCUUUAUUCGGGCUUUCUGGGAUCUGAUAAUACUAUAUUCCCGAAGGUCUUGCAAGGUCAAGAAAUUUGCUCAUUGAGAUCAUUGACUGGAAAAUCCGAUAUUGCUUCUUGGGCUCCACCAAGAGCCGAUAUUGGUUGCAAUGUUCUCAACAUGUAUCGAGCACCUGGGAAUCCCAGUUUCUAUCCACUUGGUUCUGAAGGUGGGAGAAACUUCACUUUUCCAAACACUGAUGUUUAUGAAGCAAGACCCAAUCUAGGUCCCGUCAUGCCUACAAACUUAACGCGGUUUCCUAUCAUUCCACCUUCGGCUGGGAAUGGUAUCUCGAGGGAUAAUGUAACCGAGCUUCAGAUUCCCACUGAAAAAAUUGUCGUUGAACCAAAUUCCAGCAGUGAGAAAGAUGAUGGUGCUUCUGAUAGCAUUGGGAGUAGCUGCAAACUCUUUGGGUUUCCCUUAAAUGAAGCUCCUUUGUUACUUGAUACUAAAAGUUUAAGCAAGAGGAGUUGUACCAAGGUACACAAACAAGGAAACAAGGUUGGAAGGGCCAUUGAUCUAUCAAAAAUGUCAAGUUAUCGUGAGUUGUUCAUGGAGUUAGAAGUGCUAUUUAACAUGGAAGGCUUGUUUAAUAACUCUGAUGGUGGAUGGCGAUUGCUGUAUACUGAUGAAGAGAACGACAUGAUGGUUGUCGGUGAUGAUCCAUGGGAUGAGUUUGCGAGAAUCGCUACAAAGAUACACAUAUACACUGCCGAAGAAGUAGAAAAGCUGAUGAGCAGUGGGGUAAUCAGUGACAACACAAGCUGCUUGGAGGAAGCGCCGGCUAUAGUCGACACAGCCAAGUCAUCAUCAGUCGGCCAGUCUGACUGAUCAUUGUAUUUAUCAAACCGUUUUGUUGUUAUGUUAUGUUGUUGUUAUGUGGUACUAUGUAUGUAGUUUUGUGUUGUGCCAACAUGCUACUAAUGGAACCUUUGUUUUCAAA